UUCACAACCACACAGAGGAAGUGGUCAGCACACUGUGUAUAAGUCGGUCAUUUUCCCUUCAGCAGUGAGACAGGAUGAAGAUCGCGGUGUCAUUUUUCAGCCUUUGUGUGUUUCGUACACUUGCCUCAUCUAAUACCAGAAAAGAAGCCGUUCUGAGAAUCCUUCCAAACCGAUCCCAGUUCUUCCCGUAUGAGACUGUGUCUCUGAGCUGUGGGCAGCAGGAAGAGUGGAGAGUUAAGAGAAACACAUCUAAAAACAUCAACCAAGAGUGCUUCACAUCCAGGAAUGGAAAAAAUGAAUCCCUCUGUUUCAUCGAUGACCUUUACCCAUCAGACAGUGGAGUGUACUGGUGUGAGUCUGCAGAAGGAGAGUGCAGAGAUGCUGUCAACAUCACUGUGACCAGGGGCUCUGUGAUCCUGGAGAGUCCUGUUCUUCCUGUGAUGGAGGGAGACAAUGUGACUCUGCGCUGUACAAACAGGACUCCCUCGGCCUCCAAUCUCACUGAUUUCUACAAAGACGGGUUUCUGAUCAGGAGCAGCUCUACCGGAAACAUGACCAUCCACAGUGUCUCUAAAUCUGAUGAAGGACUCCACAAGUGUAACAUCUCUGGAGUUGGAGAAUCACCAGAGAGCUGGCUGAUUGUCAGAGUGUCAGACUCAGCAGUUUCCGAUGCUCCUGAGAUGUCUGUGUCCAGACUGAUAUGUCACAUAGUCGUAGGGACUCCUUUUCUGGUGUCCACCAUCAUACUGGGCAUCAUCUAGAGAGACAGAAGAGCUCCUCGGCUCGUUGCAGACAACAGAAGACACAAUGUCAUCAUGGAGGUGGAAUAGAUGACAAGACUGCGCACAGAUACUGAACAUUUUAUUGUUCAUUAUAGUGAAUUACACAAUGACCCAGAGAGCAGCAUAUCAUAUGUGGGCUGGUUUCACAACUACACAGAGGAAGUGGUCGGCACACUGUGUAUAAGUCAGACAUUUUCCCUUCAGCAGUGAGACAGGAUGAAGAUCGCGGUGUCAUUUUUCAGCCUUUGUGUGUUUCAAACACUUGCCUCAUCUAAUACCAGAAAAGAAGCCAUUCUGAGAGUCCUUCCAAACCAAUCCCAGUUCUUCCAGUACGAGACUGUGUCUCUGAGCUGUGGGCAGCAGCAAGAGUGGAGAGUUAAGAGAAACACAUCUAAAAUCAUCAACCAAGAGUGCUUCACAUCCAGGAAUGGAACAAAUGAAUCCCUCCGUUUCAUCGAUGACCUUUACCCAUCAGACAGUGGAGUGUACUGGUGUGAGUCUGCAGAAGGAGAGUGCAGAGAUGACGUCAACAUCACUGUGACCAGUGGCUCUGUAAUCCUGAAGAGUCCUGUUCUUCCUGUGAUGGAGGGAGACAAUGUGACUCUGCGCUGUACAAACAGGACUCCCUCGGCCUCCAAUCUCACUGAUUUCUACAAAGACGGGUUUCUGAUCAGGAGCAGCUCUACCGGAAACAUGACCAUCCACAGUGUCUCUAAAUCUGAUGAAGGACUCUACAAGUGUAACAUCUCUGGAGUUGGAGAAUCACCAGACAGCUGGCUGACUGUCAGAGUGUCAGACCCAGCAGUUCCCGAUGCUCCUGAGAUGUCUGUGUCCAGACUGGUAUGUCACAUAGUCGUAGGGACUCCUUACCUGGUGUCCACCAUCAUACUGGGACUCAUAUACAGAGACAGAAGAGCUCCUCGGCUAGUUGCAGUCGACAGAAGACACGAUGUCAUCAUGGAGAUGGAAUAGAUGACAAGAUAUUUAAUAUUAUAAAGUUUUUGUAUGUCUGAAUUACAUUUUUAUUUGUGUAUUUGUUAAUUAUAUCAUAUUAUAUAUUUUAUUUCAUGCUCACAAAAUAAGUUUUUCUGUGUGAAUUAGUUGCACGUUUCAUUACAUUCAAUGUGGUUUUUACAUUAAAGUAAAAAAAAAAAGUGACACAAGAUCAUAAUAAAUAAUAAAUCUAAUAUAAAACAGUCUCGUUCAACACAUCCAUCCCACAAACACACAAGAACUACUCAACUACAGAAAAAGUUGUUCUGGUCAGACAUAUACCCGGGGAGCCAAAGAGCCAGUGAAGUGAACCAAACAAAAGAAAGUUAAAACAACGACUCUCACAGGAAGCAGAGCUGUACCGGCAACCAGAGAGGAAGACGUGUCAACCUGCUUCUUCCUGCUGUGGUUGUGGUUAUGCAAACAAAAGCAGCAGUUGUUUUUUUAUAAUGUACGUCAUAAAAUUUAAAGAUGUGGAUGUACAAUUUUACACGGCAGGGAGAGAGAAGAUUAGAUCAUCAUUAAAAAACAAUUAUGACGAUUAAACUGAGCUCAAGUGUAAAAUCAAUGCUUAAAUUAAUUUAUUACUGUGAUAGCUUUAGUUGGCCAUCAGGGGGCAACAGAGACACACAAUCUGCUUAAAACUUGACUUCAAAUGUUCUAUAUCUCUCACAAAAUGAUUGUUACCAAGAUUCCCAUCAUCAGUCCAGUUGAUUAACAUGUUAUAGAUCGACUGUACGUGACUGCAGGCUCACAGAGCAGCCUCGAUGGGGGGAACACUUCCAGUAUUUAUGGCUGAAUGCGGCCUCACAGAGCAGUUAGCAUCUUCAUUUAGCUUUGAUAGUGCUAAACUUUUAAACACAAAUAUAGUUAUUUUAGUUAAAUUAGCCUCAUAAAGUGAUAUUAUUCGACAUAUGUUACAUGUAAGAUGAUUCAAUGUGAUAGGAAUGUACUUGUGUCUUAUAUUUUAUGUCUUUUUUGUUUUAUUUGUGAAUGUAUUGUUUCAUGUGAUCCUGACACCAUCUUACACUGUCCUUUAUAUGAAGGUGUUAUUAUAUUAUAUAUAUAUAUAUUAUAUAUUAUAUUAUAUAUAUAUUAUAGAUGUUUGUUGGUAGGAGAUGGUGGAAGGACGAUUUAAAUAAAAAUAAGUUAUUUUCUGGUGUGAACGAACCAGAACUGAACA